CCAGCAUCAGGAUCAGUCCAUUUGGAAUUUAGUCUCUCAGGUGGAUCUCCAAGACUCUCCCUCAGACCUCAGAGACUCUCCCUCAGACCUCAGAGACUCUCCCUCAGACCAGGAGUAUCUCUCCAGGUGACUCAGGGUGUCAUCAUGCCGUGGGUUCUUUCCUCUCAGAUGGAGCACCUGUCUUCGUCUCCGUCUCAGCGUGAGUGCGAGCGGACGGCAUUCUCGUUUUACUGUGCCGUUCGGGAGCAGCUGCCCGUGUGGCUGCUGGAGGACAUGAGGUGCAUGGAGGUUUUCUGCUGGGAGGACGGACAGCCGAGAGCUUUCCUGCCUUCUGAGGCGCUGCUCUACGCACUCGUACACGACCACCAGGACUAUGCACGCUAUCUGCUCAACAGGUACUCAGUGAGCACGCUCAGAGCCCCACGCUGUAGCUUCUGUUGUUGUCGUAACAACGGCGCGCCACACCUGUCGGUGGCGGUGCGGUAUGACCGUGUGACGAUCCUCAGCAUGAUGAUGGAAGCCCUGAAAGACUGCGACAUCCAGAGUGAGUGGAGACACUACCUGGACAGCUGUGGCGGCUGCUCGCACGUGGCCGACUCAGGAAAGACGGCGCUGCAGUUGGCGGUGGAGCUGUCGCGGCCUGACUGUCUGCUGUUGCUGCUGGUUCAUGGAGCUCAGCCUGGCGGCCUUGACCUUGCACUGCAGCGACUCGUAUCCUGCGACCCGACAGAGCGACGCCACGCUCAACGCUGCCUCGACUUCCUGCUUCUGUUCUUACCCAAACCACUGGCACUGAACUGCCUGCAGGAGGAGCCACAGCGCUGGCAAAGCCUUCUGGGAACUGAAGUGUUUAGCUGGUUGUGUGGUCUGUCUCCGCCCCCCCUCCUGCUGCAGUCUCUCAGGUGUUUAGCCCGGUCUGGUCCGGAUCAGAUCAAUGCACUUCCAAGCUUCCUGCAGCCACACAGCUGGCAGUGACAUCAUCUGUCACCAUGGAAACACACAGUAAAUACCUCAAGACUGCUGUGAUUGGAGGGUUGUUGAUGAUGUAAAUAAAAUGUAAAUACAGUCUGAAGAAAUGUGAACUCUCAACAGAGAUUAAAAA